AUCCUCCUCCUGGCUAAGCAACCUCCUGCUUGUCAAACGUGCAACAGUCCUCGCCACUCCAGUGUUUCAACCUUUGAGUUUUUCUACUGCGCGUUAUCACAGAAGAAGAUGGCGCCCCGUUGGGUCAUCUUGGUGGCCUUAGUCGCCCUCGACUUCGCCUUUGCAGACUCGACCUUCUGGAGGAGGCGUCGAGAUGCCACCUCCCCUGUUUUCACAAUGUGCGUGCCACAAAUAUACUGGAAAGACUGCGUCCAGAUGAUUGAAGACUCCGGAAGACAGGGAAUUCCCAUCACCUGUAUAGCUGGCAGGGAUCGCUAUGAUUGCAUUGAAAAGGUUGGCAGAAAAGAGGCUGACAUCGUCGCCGUCGACCCUGAGGAUAUGUACCUUGCAGGGAAGAGCAGGAUUGCGGCCGAAGCCGGGUACAACCUUGUUGAACAGAUCAGGACCAAAGAAGAGCCGGAGGCACAGUACAGAUACGAAGCGGUCGCAGUGAUCCACAAAGACCAGGACAUAAAUUCCCCCCAAGGAUUACGCGGGCUCAAGUCCUGCCACACCGGAAUCGGACGCAACGUUGGAUACAAGAUACCGAUAACGAAGCUGACGGCUAUGGGCCUGCUGACUAACCUCAGCGACCCGAGGUUCUCCUCUAGGGAAAACGAACUUCGAGCUCUCAGCAACUUCUUCAGCGAAGGUUGUCUCGUCGGAACCUGGUCUCCGGAUCCAACCAUCAAUCAACGACUGAAGGCGUCCUAUUCCAAUCUGUGCGCCCGCUGCAAAAAUCCCGAGGCAUGCGAUUAUCCUGACGAGUACUCCGGGUACGAAGGAGCUUUGAAGUGCCUGGCCUUCGGGGGUGGACAGGUUGCCUGGACCAAGGUGAUAUUCGUUAAGCGUUUCUUCGGCCUGCCCGUCGGCAACACGCCGGCAAAACCCGCGACCAAGAAUCCAGCCGACUUCCGGUACUUCUGUCCCGACGGAAGCAAGUUGCCAAUUGACUCUGAGACGAAACCCUGCGUCUGGGCAGCCAGACCAUGGCAAGGAUACAUGGUCAAUGGUGGCGUGUCCAACAUCAAGGCCGUUCAAGAUGAAAUAACCGGACUCGGAAAUCUUGGCGAGCAGAAAAAUGCUAGCUGGUGGAAGGACCUCAUGCUUUUGGAUACCAAGACUCUCCCGGUUAAGACCGAUCCCAUUCAACCUCUCGAACAUUUGAACAGGGCUAACUACACCGACGUUAUUGAAAGGGACUUUGGCGCUCCGAUGAAGAGUGCUAAAUGGUGUGUUUGGUCCACCGAAGCUCUCGACAAGUGUAAUGCCUUCGCCAGAGCAGCGUUCUCCAGGGAUGUGAGACCCAAGCUGGAAUGUCUUCUUGAGAAGGACGUCGAUACGUGCCUGAAGUCAGUGAAUGAUGGCAAAGCCGACGUAGUCUCCAUCGAUGGUGGUUUGGUAGACAAGGCAAUGAAAGAAUACAACAUGAAACCUAUAAUUGCCGAAAAGUACGGCGAAGGUGCAACGAAAGAAAGUGAAAGACCGGCAGUUGCCGUCGUGAAGAAGAGCAGCUCCAUCAACAACUUGGUCGAUCUGAAGGGCAAAAAAUCCUGCCACAACGGCUACAAGGGCAGUUUUGCCGGAUGGUUGGCUCCCGUUCACGCGCUGAAGGCAGCCAAGCAGAUCACAAAUCCUGACGAUUUGGCCGAUUUCUUUUCCGGAAGCUGCGCACCUGGAGCACCUCAGCAAUCCAAACUCUGCUCGCAGUGUGCCGGAAACAUCGCCUCCGGCUCGGACAAGAUCAUCCAAGAGACUAAGUGUAAGCCCACAGAAGCUGAAACCUUCAACGGUGAUCUGGGAGCGCUGAGGUGUCUCAUUGCCGGAAAUGGAGACGUCGCCUUCGUUUCUUACACGGCACUAUUUCAGCUUGACAAAGUGGGCAAGCCCGACCAAAUUCCGAAGGGAUCGGACUUCGAGCUCCUCUGUGCACACGGUGGUCGCUCCCCGGUUGAAGAUGGUAAAAGGUGCAAUCUUGGUGUGGAAGCCCCGCGAGUCGUUGUCAUGUCUGCUACUAGGAAUGAAAAUACUCGCCGUGAACUCACCCAUGGAAUUCUAGACGCUAGCUCUACGUACGCUGAAAGCCCUGAGCUCUUUGCACUUUUCGGAAAUUGGGGUGGCAAAUCCAAUCUCAUUUUCAAGGACGAUGCCAUCAACCUGAGUUCCAUUGACGAAUCCUUGGAAUCGUGGGGCACUUGGGCAACGACUCAACAGGAAUACAACAUCGCCUCAUAAGGAAUUGACGCGUGGCAAAAACUGGCCAAAAAAUGAAUAUUUACAACUACUCGUUUAAACGCAUUAAGCUAUAAGUGUUGUAACAUAAUAUGUAAGCCGCCACUCGUAUCGAAAUUUUUAUAUGACUUAUACGAAUAAGAUACCUUUAUAUAUAUAUAUACAUAUAUAAUUUAAUUAUAAAACGUAUUCAGACUCGAAAUUGUUGUCACUAAAAUACAUCUUAUGUGAUCAUCUGA